GCGGAAAGCUUGGAAAGGCAAGGAAGCAGAGAAGGAAGGAAACAAGAGGAAAGAGGAGUAAACCAGGGGAGUGAGAUUACUAUCAUAGUGUGUAUGGAGCAGUGUGCGAGCACGGCCUCCCUGCUGGCCUCGGUGCGGGAGCAGGAGAGGCAGUUUGAGAUGCUGAGUCGGGCCCUGGAGGAGGAGCGACGGUGCAGCGGGACCGCCUCCGGUACCCUGCCCCGGCCCCUCCCCACCCUACAGAACGGCCGCGUGUCUUGUGAUGCGGACAUAGAGAGGCUCACUCUGAGCGAGGCAUACAUCAACGGGUCACAUUACAUGAUGGAGCCGGGUCACGUCGUCGAGGAGACGUUCACCGUAGAGGAUGAACCUCAAGAGGCUCCACCCAUUGUCUCCGUUGAAACCGGCGAGGAUGGAACCACACGGCGCACAGAGACGACGGUGAAGAAAACGGUCAAGACCACCACCACCAGACACGUCAUCCCCUCCGUGUCGGACACGCUCUCCCUGGACGGCAUGGGGGGCGGCGGGGGCUCGGUGACGGGCAUGGGGGGCUACACCACCCCCAUGGAGCGCGUCUACCGCCAGGCGGUGCCCAUGGACUACCCCACCUCCACAGUGCCUCGCAACUACCACUACGGCCCCCCCGUGGGGUACGAGGACUACCGGGCAGGCCCCCCCUCGGAGACCUACGCCAGCCUGAGCCGGGGGGGGCGCAUGGACGAUAGAUACAGGCCAGUCGAUGGCUACCACACCCUGGACCCAGGCUACCGCUCCCACAGCCGGAACCACCUGGACCACUAUGCUGCUCAGCCACAGGUGCGUAUGGGCAGUGCUCUGGAGCUGUCGGGCCUGCAGCGCUUCGUCCCGGAGCCCUACGGCCUGGAGGACGACCAGAGGAGCAUGGGAUACGACGAGCCCGACUAUGGCAUGGGACCGCCCAUCCACUACGGCACCGUGCCGCGCAACGCCCACUUCACCCACGGCCCGCCACGCAGGACAGGGAGUUACGAGGGCACCCUGGACGGGGGAGCAGGGGACAUGUACUACUGGGGGGGCGGAGCCCCGCUGGCGCAGGGCGAGAGGGGGAGCAUGGCCUCAUUGGACAGCACCCUGCGGAAGGGCCCGCCCCCUUCCUGGAGGCAGCCCGAGCUGCCGGAGGUCAUCGCCAUGCUCAACUACAGGCUGGACCCCGUGAGGAGCAACGCCGCCGCGUACCUGCAGCACCUCACCUACAAGAACGACAAGGUGAAGUCGGACGUGCGGCGUAUGAAGGGCAUCCCUGCCCUGGUCUCCAUGCUGGACAUCCCCAAGAAGGAGGUGCACCACGCCGCCUGCGGGGCGCUCAAGAACAUCUCGUACGGACGCGACCACGACAACAAGAUCGCCAUCAAGAACUGCGACGGCGUCCCCGCCCUGGUCCGCCUGCUGAGGAAGACCAGGGACCAGGACCUCACAGACACCAUCACAGGCACCCUGUGGAACCUGUCGUCCCACGACUCGGUGAAGAUGGAGAUCGUGGACCACGCCCUGCACGCCCUCUCCGACGAGGUGAUGGUGCCCCACUCUGGCUGGGAGCGGGGCGGGGGCGGCGGAGGGGGCGGCGAGGAGAACUGCAAGCCCCGCCACUUGGAAUGGGAGACGGCGCUCACCAACACGGCCGGCUGCCUCCGAAACGUGAGCUCUGAGCGCAGUGAAGCCAGGAGGAAGCUUAGAGAGUGCACAGGAUUGGUCGACUCGCUCAUGUACAUCGUCCAAUCACAGAUUGACCUUAAAGAUGUUGACAACAAGUUGAUAGAGAACAGCGUGUGUCUGCUGAGGAACUUGUCCUAUCAGGUGCAUCGAGAGGUGCCGGGCUGCGAGCGCUACCAGGAGGCCCCGCCCCUCAACCAGGGCCCCGCCCCCAGCUCCACGCAGAAGGCAGGCUGUUUCAGCUCCCGCAAGGGCAAAGAUGAGUGGUUUUCCAAAGGGAAGAAAGACGAGGAUGUGGCUGCGGACAUGAUUGAAAUUCCAAAGAGAACUACACCUGCCAAAGGCUACGAGCUCCUGUUCCAGCCGGAGGUGGUGCGUGUCUACACCUCCCUGCUGAGGGAGAGUAAGAACCCCACGGUGCUGGAGGCCUCGGCCGGCGCCAUGCAGAACCUGUGUGCCGGACGCUGGAGCUAUGGGCGGUAUAUCCGAGGCCUGGUGCGCCAGGAGAAGGGGAUGCCCAUGAUCACAGAGCUGCUGGCCCACGGGAACGACCGUGUGGUCCGGGCCAUGUCUGGAGCUCUCCGGAACCUGGCCAUCGAUGCCAGGAACAAGGACCUCCUAGGAAAGCACGCAGUGCCCCACCUAGUGGCCAACCUGCCCGGUGGGGGUCAGAGUCAGCCUGUCCGAGCCCUGUCUGAGGAAACGGUGGUGUCUGUACUGAGCACGCUCCACGAGGUGCUAGGCAACAGCGUGGAGGCCGCCAAGACCCUGAGAGCCGCCCAGGGCAUCGAGAGACUGGUGCUCAUCAACAAGGACGGCAACCGCUCGGACCGGGAGGUGCGAGGGGCGGGGCUGCUUCUGCAGACGGUGUGGGGCUUCAAGGAGCUGAGGCGCAUGCUGGAGAAGGACGGCUGGAAGAAGACGGACUUCCUGGUCAACCUCAACCCCCCCAGCAACAGCCGCACCAACGGGGGCUACGAGAGCAGCACCCUGCCUCUGCUGGAUAGGGAAGAAAAGCGUGACAGAGAAAGAGAAAUGAUCCCACUGAACGACAUGGGACCAGAUGCCUACUCUACACUGGACCAGAGGGGGCGGAGUAACACGCUGAACGACACACUCGAACCUGCUGACAAAGACGGAGCACAGAAAAACUGAUAGUAUGCAUCACCAGAAGUGAGCCUCCUCCGACCGACUGCCGCUGCUGAACCCUAAUGGACACCACACUCGCCACUCAAAUUGGGACCAUCACCACUCCACAUGUCUUUCUCUCUCUCUCUUCCCCCCCCAUCCUCCUACAUUCCUUGUUUUGUUUUUUUCAUCUGAUGGACAGACGUUGGUUACCAAUGUAACACUAGAAAGCAGAGAUCCAUCUCCCUUCCAGUCAGACACUACCGCAGGAGAACACUCCCUGACCACUAAGCUUUACCUACCAACACUAAGGAAGCCCGCCCACAAACACUAAGGACCCUCUCAGCUGUGCAACCCCACACGCCUCCUCCCACCACACUACCCGCAUCAGUCGCAACCUCAGAGAGACUCCUCCCACUACACGUACGGCAACCUGCAAUUGGCCUCGGGUCUUAGAACCCGGAACUUGGAACCACACCAUGAAAGUGGCGUCUCUAAGCAGAGGGACUGGAAUCGGAAACGAGCAGUUGUACUUUUUCUACAGAGCAGUAUGUGCACUUCUCCAGAAGUGGCCAUGAAGAUAUGCCAGUAUAGGUUUCUGCUGUUCCAGUGACAGCUGAACUAAUGAUUACCACUAAACUUUUUGAACCAAUGUUUGUUGAUCUAAUAUGUGUGGGCUCUGACGUUGUUCCGGGAUUUUCCGUGCGUUGCUGCAUUUGCUACAGUGAUGUAUGCGUGCCAAAUGUGACCCCACUGAAGCUGAAACUUUAUACAAAGUGUUUCCUGAUACCUUGCUUUACGCCAACUUAUGCAGAUGUCAUACUGAAGCACUAGGCUUGCUUUUUAUUAAUACUGCUGAUUUGUUUUUUGGGGGAAGGAGAUGGGAAAGAUUGGAUAGGGUGCAUUUUUUCCAAAAGUGGGCUGUUUUUUUGUCCCACAGAGGAAGGGAUGUCACACAUGCAAUGACAUGUUGUUGGUUAGUGAGCCAAUGUGGUUUAUGGGCUCAAAGGCCACUGACUUUCAUUGUUAUUGUGCGUACAUUUGACUUAUAAUGCCAAAUUCAUUUUUUUGUACCUAAUAGAACAUUUAAACAAAUAUUCUGUCAUAUACAGAAUCAUAUCUGCUCUUAAGGAGACGUGCCCAUCUUAACAAACCCCUAUCUCUGAUUCUUGUGAAGUUUUCAGAGAAACCAUGAUUUUGAUUGUUGUUGAUUCAGUGAGUGCAUUUUUUUCUAUCUGGAACUUUGUCAAUCUUUCUCUCUACAUAUAUAUAUAAAUAUGAAUGUGUACAUAUGAGACUGCCUUUAACAAAAAGUCUGUGUUACUAACUGGAGUGCCUCGCUUGUUGAGUGGUCUAAUCAGUGGAUGAAUGUCAGAGACCAGGGACAAUAAAUAGAGCCAAACUAUUCUUUGUUUUUCAAGACUCCUGGGUAGAGUUUUCCCAAAGGCCUUGUAGUCCUAAGAUUAUUUCUAGUCCUGUUGUAGGCCUGUAGAAUUCAGGCUUCUGAAGGAACCCGUCAGUGUUCUGUAACCAGUAGCUACAACACAAUACGCCUUCUCGGUUUUUUACGUUCCUUUAGUGCUUGUUCCCUAUUCUAUGUGCUGAGCAAGAUGUAGAUAUUUACUGAGUGGAUAAUUAAAAAGCACUAGGGGUGAUGUUUGUGGCUUUUGUUUUUUUCUCCCUUUUUAUUUAGAUUUCUUUUUGCCUCAUUCCAGACCAACACUAUUGAUCAUCAAUGAUGUGUUGAAAUGUAAAAACAAGUUGCCUUCCGGAAGGGUUCUAGAAUGUUCAGAGAAUUCCUGUUUCCAGAAUCUGUCGCAAUGUAGAAUGUGUACUUUGGAAUUGUUGGGGUAAACGGGGAUUGAAGCAGACAAGGGGUUACAAUUGGCACGUUUGCCUCAAUCUAUGGAGGGGAAAUCUGACUACGGGGGCAAAAAUCUGAUUUUGAUUCUAGUUAUUUAGAUAAAGUACAGUAAUACAAAUAAAAAGCACAUUUAACUAUAUAAUACAAAAGAAUAUUUGUUAAUUUUUAUGGUUUUAUGUAUUCUUUUUUUAUAUUUUAUUUUGGGUUUAAUUGUUUAAGGUAUUUUGGAUGAAUGCAUAUGCAAUCAGUUUAAUUUUUUGAUUGAGAACAUUUACAGUUUAUAUAUUUUAAUUAAACACAAAACAAGCAAAAACAAAACUCAUACUGUCAUGCUAUGUUGGCAAUUUGUUGGAACACUAAUUGAAAAGCUGAUUCAGGAGUAAACCCUUAUCUACUUGCCUUGGCUCUUAAAAAUGCACAAAGUUAUCAUAAAUUAAAUAUGUAACUAGCAAUACUGUUUUUAAUAAACAAAAAAUGAUUUUUUCCCA